CAUAGAAUGGAGUCUUCAGAGAACGUUCUGAGCUGUACUUGCCGAAUAGAGACGGUAGACAGGAGUGGAGCGUUAUUGAAGACCCAGACACUAACUAAGGCUGAACUUAUAAUCGGUAGGAACCAGUUUCAAGACGUCGUACUGAAAGUCUCCUACCCUGAAGGGAAACAAGGCCCAUAUACUAUCAAAGAUUAUAAGAUACACAAAAGAUUUGUGCAAGAAGGCAAAGCUACUAUAAGUCUACAGACACAGCAGAUUCACUUAAUGGUAUCGAACUGUCCGACAGAACUAUUAAAAGUGUUUCUGAAGUGUCUUCUUUUGAAGCUAACAGCUCGUGGGGCUCUACAAGGAUCACGCCAACACUUAUCAGGUGAUGUAUCAACCGAAUUUGAAACAAUCAGCCCACUCAAUAUGAGAGAUUUAGAGCAAGCAAAGCAGAAUGUUGGGGGUGAACACAAUAAGGAGAACAAUGUCAGUUUGACACCUAAACGUACUCUACCUCUCAGCAAGUCUCUGAAAAGAAAGUUAUGCGAAUUAAAAGUUGAGCCUAACAGUUCGAAAGAUCCAACAGCUCCUCCUCUGGCUAAGAAACCAUUGCUACUAAAGACAAGCUGUUCUUCUCUCUCGGAGGAUCAGUUACAAGUCAUCAAUGUCAUAAAGAAUGGCGAUAGUGUAUUCAUUACUGGGAGUGCUGGGACAGGGAAGUCAUACCUGCUCCAGCGUAUCAUUGGUAUGCUUCCACCUGAUACAACCUAUUGCACUGCUAGUACUGGAGCUGCUGCUUGUAUCAUUGGAGGCACUACACUUCAUUCUUUUGCAGGGAUCAAUACAGACGCAGCUCCAUUAAAGCAGUGUGUUAGCAUGGCAAUGAGAGAGCAUAAAGCAGUACACUGGAAGAGAUGCAAGGUGCUACUGAUCGACGAAAUAUCAAUGGUUGAUGGAGAGUUCUUUGAUAAACUGGAGGCUGUAGCCAGAGCCGUUAGGAAGAGUAAGAAACCUUUUGGUGGGAUACAGCUAGUGCUGUGUGGUGACUUCUUACAGCUCCCACCAGUUUGCAAAGAUGGGAAGAAAAGAUUAUUUUGUUUUCAAGCUGAGAGUUGGAGAAAAUGUGUCAAUCGAACCAUUGAGCUGAAUGAUGUGUACAGACAGAAAGACAGGGAGUUUAUUGCUAUUUUGCAGAACAUAAGAAUAGGAAGAUGUCCACCAGCUAUCACUAAACUCUUAAAAAAUACUGAAAACCAGCUAAUAGAGAAAGGAGGAAUACGUGCUACUAAGUUAUAUACACACACUAACGAAGUGGAGAGCACUAAUCAAACAGAAUUGAAUGCACUUGCCGGUGAGGGUAGAAGAUUUGAUGCGACUGAUAACCAACCAAACUGCAUGCAACAGCUUAAUGCUCUCUGUCUUGUACCACAUACUCUUGUAUUGAAGAUUGGAGCUCAGGUAAUGUUAGCAAAGAACAUUGAUGUGUCAAGAAGUUUAGUUAAUGGAGCAAGGGGUAUUGUGACUUCCUUUACAGAUCAAGGAUUUCCAGUCGUCCAGUUCACAACAGGACUCAAAGAAACCAUUGGAUUUGAAAAGUGGACCUUCCAUACUGGAGGAGGCUAUGCCCUCAGUCGUAAGCAGCUACCACUCAAGCUAGCAUGGGCCAUGUCUAUACAUAAGAGUCAGGGAAUGACAUUGGACUGUGUAGAAAUAUCCCUAGGUGGGGUCUUUGAGACUGGACAAGCUUAUGUUGCUCUCUCGCGUGCUAAGAGUUUGAAGACUCUUCGUGUCAAAGGAUUUGACCCAUCACGUGUACAAGCAAAUAAAGACGUACUGGAAUACUAUAGGAAUAUCAGACGUAUCAAAAGAGCUACUCAUUGUGGACCUGUAUGAUAUAUUUUGUGAUCAAUCCAUAUUGUCAUAUCUUGAUAAAUUUUUAA